GUGCAGUUAGUCUGAAAAAGCAGAGCACUUUUAGGGAGGUGCAACGGCCUGUAGUUAAUGCACAGGCAAGAAGCAUCACGUUAGUCAGCCGUUGCAAUACGAAUUCAUUAAUCUUUCAUGACAGGUUGGCAUCAACAUCGUGGUGCCUGCCUAUUGUAGCUAGGAUAUGUCGGCAUCAGUGAUUAGCUAGGUAACGUUAGGCCCUGUAACGUACCAGUUAAAAGCAAUACCGUGGGUCGAUAUAUUUGAUUUCAAAGGAUUGCAGUGUGAGGACACAGACAGACAAACACACCCACUCUCUGAGCCGUAAAGAGGCAGCCAUACCUCAGCUCUCAAGCACAAUGCCCAUCUGACACACAACUAAGUGCACACACUGAGGAUGAGUAGUGCUGUGCUGCACUGACAGACAGAUGGUGUGGGAAUGAUGGACCUCCCCAAUGGCCAAUCAAGCGUCACCACCGCUGCUGCCACUGCCUCGGAGAAGAGCAGCAGCUCAGAGUCUCUCAGUGAGAAGGGUUCUGAGCUGAAGAAGAGUUUUGAUGCUGUCGUCUUCGAUGUCCUGAAGGUUACCCCUGAGGAGUAUGCAGGUCAGAUCACUCUCAUGGAUGCUCCGGUCUUCAAAGCUAUUCAGCCUGAGGAGCUGUCAAGUUGUGGCUGGAACAAGAAGGAGAAGCACAGCUCUGCCCCUAAUGCUGUGGCCUUCACCCGCAGGUUCAACCAGACAACUUUCUGGGUGGUGAGGGAGAUCCUUCAUGCUCAGACCCUGAAGAUCAGAGCUGAGGUACUCAGUCUGUACAUCCGAACUGCCAAGAAACUGUGUGACAUAAACAAUCUGCAUGCCGUGAUGGCUGUGGUAUCGGGCCUACAAAGCGCUCCCAUCUAUAGACUCUCCAAGACGUGGGCGUUGUUGAGUCGCAAGGACAAAGCAACGUUUGAGAGGUUGGAGUACCUCAUGGCCAAAGAAGACAACUACAAGCGUCUGAGAGACUACAUACGCAGCCAGAGCAUGAACUCCUGCAUACCAUACCUGGGUAUGUAUCUGUCUGACCUGACGUAUAUAGACUCAGCAUAUCCCUCUACUGGCAGCAUCCUGGAGAAUGAACAGAGAUCCAACCUCAUGAACAACAUCCUGAGGAUUAUAUCUGACCUGCAACGCUCCUGCACCUACGAUAUACAAGUGUUGCCUCAUGUCCAGAAGUAUCUCAACUCAGUCAUGUACAUCGAGGAGCUACAGAAGUUUGUGGAGGAUGACAACUACAAGUGUGUGUUAUGCGGGUUCCCAUGUGUGGUGUUGUUAUUCAGGUUGUCGUUGAAGAUCGAGCCAGGCUCCAGCACCCCCCGCUCCACUGCCUCUAGAGAGGACCUUAUAGGUUCGGAUGCAUCUGGGUCUCCUCUGUGUGGUCGUAAGGGCCCCAUUGCAGAUGGAACCAAAGUCCCUCCCACGCCCCCCUCCCCCCGGAACCUCCUCCCCUACGGACACAGGAAGUGUCACAGCCUGGGCUACAAUUUUAUUCAUAAGAUGAAUACGGUAGAGUUUAAGAGCGCUACGUUCCCCAAUGCUGGUUCUCGUCAUCUAUUGGACGACAGCGUCAUGGAGAGCCACACCCCUACGAGAGGACAGGCCGAGAGCUCAACGCUCUCCAGCGGCAUCUCACUGGGGAGCAGUGAGGGUUCAGAACUCAGUGAAGAGAUGUCCUGGCCAGCCUUUGAGAGGACUCGGUUCUAUCACUCUCUGGGCCCUGUGACCCGCGUGGCCAGAAUCCCCUACAGAGGAGGCCUGAGGCCCAGCAGCUCUGCUGAGUCUGAGGAGUUAGCAGUGCACCUGUACCCUGGAGCCGUCACCGUGCAGGGAGUCCUACGACGCAAAACGGUCUUCAAGGAGGGCAAGAAACCCACAGUGGCGUCUUGGACCAAGUUCUGGGUGGCUCUGUGUGGAACUCAGCUCUACUACUACCAUGCCAAGUCCCUGAAGGCCACAGAGAGAAAGCACUUCAAGUCGUCUAGCAGUAAGAGUGUGUGUGUUGUGGGGUUAAUGGCCAUCAUGUCAGACGACCCUGAACAUCCCGACGUCUUCCUGCUCACAGACUCGGAACGCGGUAACACCUAUAAAUACCAGGCAGGGAACAAAAUGAAUGCCCUUCUGUGGUUCAAACACCUCAGUGCUGCCUGCCAGAGCAACAGACAACAGGUCCCAGCCAAUCUGAUGUCCUUUGAAUGAGUGCUGCUGUAGAGGACUGAGCGGUAGAGCUAAAAUAGACGAAGAGGGCUAGUGACUCAGCACCAGGAGCUUUCACUGCCAUGACCCCAAAACUAUAACCCCAGCCCCACUGGAGCCCCACCUGCCACCACUGCCUUAACCUAAGGAGCCGUGUGUGUGUGUUGAAGCAGUGGUUAUUAUGGUGGCAUAGACUACUGAAUGAAGACCUAAACCACUUCUCUCUUGUUCUCUCGCUCUGUUGUUUUUGCCUGUGGAACUAUGGGAUGUCUCUCCUCUUUCUUGGAUGCUUCUUAAGGAAGGAUGGGUGGACAUGAUUUAUCCUUGUUUUCCCUCACUCCCUCUCUUCUUGACAUACUGUGCUCUGGUGGAAGAUGGACUCUGCCCUUUCUAGGGCUGGACUCACACACACAAUACUGGACUAACCCAAUGGAAUGGGAUUUCAAACACACUCCUUUAUCACACUUUGGUUCACAAACUCCCUCACACACAAGACUCCAAUGGUCUCUUCACACUUGAGUUGGGCUCACAAAACGGACACUUUUUACACACAUUCACUCCCCCCUUCUGAGAGUGUGUGAUUGGCCUGUGUGAUUGCAGCAUUGUGAACAUUAAGGGCUUUGAUUCUCAAAUCUAUUCCAGCAGAAACCACUCCCACACACACACACACACGUCCUGAAUGUAUCCUACUGUUUUAUAUUCCAGAGGGGGGGGCACACUAUAUAUAUAUAUGGUAAGUCUCAUCACGGGAAUGAUAAACCCAGACUCUAAGCUUUCCUCUUCCACCUUUAUGGACCCAGUUAUAUCGCUCUUAUAAACAGGCUUUAUAUGUUGUUCUUUCUGGACCACUGUCUGCUCUGUCAACAUGUUAAAGCUUGAGAUUCACCAGAACACACGCGUGUACACACAAUAACACUAAAGACUUGAAAGCUGUGAAAACGUGAACGAUGAAAUGUUAACCGCAGAAAAAUAAUUUAUCUCCCACUUCCUUUUUUUGUUAUUGCUUGAACAUAAGAGGGAGCUACAGAUUCUGACCUGAUCUGCUUUACACAUCUGAGUGUUUUUUACACACACACACACACACACACACACAGCUAUCGGGAGCCAUUCAGAAUCCAUUUGAAUUAUUAUUUUGUUGGUUAGUGUUUUCUGUUACCUUGGUGUUGUUGUGUUGGACGUAUCAGCAGUAUUAUCCUGUAGAUGACUUGUCUAGCUUAUUUGAAUUGUCUGUUACAUUUCAUUUCUGGCCUCUUCCCUUUGUUUUGAACAUGUUGUACCUUUACUUGUUUUCAAUUUGAUUUGUGUAGUGUUUUUGUUUUCUCACCUAUGAGUUUGUCACAUAGGGCUACGGUACAGAUCUACUGCUCUAUUGCCUAGUUCCAUGUCAUCCUCUUGACCCAUCGCCUGGUCACUACUCAUGGCAUCUUCAAUUAAAGCUAUAGAUAGGUGUAAGCAAGUUGUUGAUGACUCCACCUAACCUUCCAAUUGGCUGAGAGAAGCUUCCUCCAAAUUGCUUACACCUAUCCAGUCCUUUCAGAUCUGUGAACAGUUAAGGAGUACGAGCUAGAGGGAGGGGCUAACAAUUUGAAGUAGACCCAGCCAGAGUGUGUAUGGUUUGGGACAUUGGUUUGGGACUCAACCCUGAGUGUGUGCCAAUAUACCAAACACACAUUUUUAUUCCGAUUUGUGAGAAAGUGUUAGUUAGAACAAAUGAAAUGAAUACGUUGUUGGGAAAUGAUGGUGUGGUCACGUUCUCAUACUACUCUCAGAAAGGACUUACCACUAGUAAAGCGUAAUCUUGCAUCCUCUCCUGACUGUUUCCGUCUCAACCUGACAGUCAGGUUUAUCCUGACUUGUAACAAUGGUUUACAUCUCCCAUCUGUCCAUAUAUUUUGCAUGUCUAUUGUUUACAUAGAAGUCCAGCAAGUUAGCAUCACAUUCCAUACACCUCAAACUGACACUAUGUACUCUAGCAGCAAGAGACUCCAACUCCCAUGGGCCAGUGCGGCAACAGUUGUCUUAUGUCCUGUAGAGGCUAAGCUAAUGGGAGAAGGUAGAACUUAUCCAUAACCAUUGAUACAAGGUCAUAUAUUUAUUCACCCCUAAUGGUUAAGAUUGGGGUUGGUGUAAUCUGAUCUGAGAUCUGUUGUUUAGGGCAACUUCUACAUAUUCCAUUUCACACUCAUUUCCGAUGUGCUCUGCUCCUCAGCUCCCAGCAGUUAUACCACACACAGCUACAACUCCAUUAAUAGCAAGACUAUGUCAUACACAGACUAGAGGAUGAGGAAGCCAGAGAAAGAAAGGAAUGGGAGGGGUAGCGUUAGUGAUACAAAAGAACAAGAGAGGAAGGUAGUACAACAGUAUGAGUGUGUAAAAAUUAUUUUUGUUUACCUGCUAGAAAGCAUUAGACGGACAGAGCCUCGUGGCUGCCGUUUCUUCACUGUUGAGCAGUGGGUAAAUCUGUAUAGAAUGCGGUAUAGCAUAUUCUGUGUGGAGUGCGAUUGAACAAGGAAGGAUAUAGUAGAAAUAGAGGGGUGAAUGGAACUCUGAUGCAAAAGGAGCUGUACAGAGAAGCCGGCAGACUGACGCUCCCCACAGAAGACCAGCAGAGGAGAAAGUAGUCUUUCUCUCUGUUCUCCUUUUUUCCCUCUCACAGACCUCUCCUUCACAUCUCUCUCUCUCUUGGACAUAGAGGGCUUCAAUGCAGACUGAAGAGAGCGGCAGAUUAAAUGGCAGACAGGAAUGCUCCCGUGUAGUGUCACAGUGCUGACGUGAGGGAUGUGGAUGCCUAUAAGGAAAGGGUUAGGAGUGAGUUUUUACAAUCUGUUAUGGUGGGCUUUUUGUUUGAUAUUUCUCAAUGUCAAAAAUGGUUUCCACAGUUUGUGUCCAUGUACAAAUACACAACCAGCUGUGUAUUAUCUACUGUGAAGAGUAAAGUUUUUUGGGAUUUGUCUGCAGUGUUCAUUUUUUUUUUCUCCUGAGAAAUUCUUUAACAGUUCAGCUGAGAUGACUGGGUGGUGUGUGGUUAACAUGAGAGGGGGGUGUAGUGGUGUUUUUGUGUGCUCUAGGGAUGGAGAAUUUGCCCGCAGCUCAAGGUUCAACUUAAUUCCCUUUAAAUCCAAACUUUAACCAUUAGGGGAAAAUGUCAAACUGACCUGAUCAGUUUCUAGAAGAUACAUCUAUGUGCUCUAUAUGGCUCAGUUUGAGAGUGACGUUUAUGAUGUGUUGACGACGUCACUUAGCUUUGUCCAUGUCCCAUGACCUGUGGGGUGUGUCCAUGUGCUAUCCCUCUACCUCCUGUACUCUGACCCCUAGUGAGGACCCACCCAUGUUACGUGACCCGGGUUUGAACUAUGACCUCUGAAUUGAGUGACGUGACCUGAGUCUCAGCCAGAUAACCAAUAAACACACUGCCCUUUUUAUACUCUGCCCCUCAGUUUACUUUCAUUUAUAUAAACAUGGUUUCAGCUAAAUGUGGUGUAUGUGUGCCGGACCAGGAGUGUCUACCACAACCUGUUAAAUGUCCUGGACAGGGCAUGUGGUUAGGAGAAAUGUGUAUGUGUGUGCUUAAACUAGUGUUAAUACACUUUAGGUAUGGAUUGAUGUGUAAUCUUUCCUACUGAAAUAAAAACCUACUUGAAUUGUUGAA